GGAAGGGAAGAAAGAGGAGCCGCCGCCGCUUUCCUCCUUCUGCCGAGGUGACUUUCUCAGCCGGGCCAUUUGCAGCCUUCCCUUCGGAUCGCCGCCUUUGGGUGCCCAGCUUGCGAUGGCUGACCACAUGAUGAUGUCAAUGAGCCACGGGGUGAACGGGAUGCAGGGCUACCGGAUAGGCAUGAACGGGAUGCAAGGCCCUCCUCCUCAGCAGCAGCACGUGCUAAGGACGCUCCCCGCCAACCACCAGAUGAUGCAGUACGGAGGCCCUGCCCUGGACGGAGGCAUGAGGCAGAGGCCCAGCAUCAAUGGACAGAUGGGGCACCACCAGGUCCCAGGCGCCAUGAUGUUCAGCAAUCCGAGCCAGCAGCAACAACAACAACAACAACACCAGCAACAGCAACAACAACAGCAACAACAACAACAGCAACAAUACUUGGGACCGGUGGGCACUCAGCAGCUCAUGGCUAGCAUGCACUUGCAGAAACUGAACACGCAAUACCAGGGCCACCCCCUCAUGGGCAUGAGCAACGGGCCCAUCGGGGCAGGGGUGCCGCAAUACAGGAUGGGACCCGGGCAGCACCUGGGGAUGCAGCACCUGCCCUCUCCGGCCCUGACCUUGAACGUUAUGGACACGGAUCCCAUCGACGAAGAGGUCUUGACGUCUCUGGUCAUGGAGCUCGGCUUGGACCGGGUUCAGGAGCUGCCCGAACUCUUUCUGGGACAGAACGAGUUUGACUUCAUCUCGGACUUUGUCAGCAAACAGCAGACCAGCGCCAUCAGCUGUUGAGGUGGCUCUGCUGUGGGAGCUGGCGCUUCUCUUUGUGGCUUGAUCACCACCACCACACACCCCUACUUCCUGAUCUUCCCCCUGCACAGAUCUACAGGCUUUCCCAGGUCGCCCUUGCCCCCACCUCCUGGAAAUAACAAUGGACAAUCAUUUGGAGGCUCCCCACCCCACCCUCUUUUUUGCUUUGCACUGUAGUGCUCCUCUUGUGUAGGGGGAGGGGGGAGGAAUCGGAAAGGUGUCUGUGUUGUUGUUUUUUGCAGACGAGACGGCGCAGAGAUGGAGCCGUGUCCUCGGGUUGUGCCUAUGGCAGCUACAGAAUUUCAAGAAAAACAAAAUGGCCUUUUUUUUCACCUGCAUGGCCUUCUCUCUCCCCCCACCCUGCAAAAAACAACUACCGUCUUGAGUUUGGACUACAAGGGGGGGGGGCAAGUUGCUGAGAAUCCACUCCGCUGUUGGCUUUGUCAAGAAAGUCUAGCAAGCCCCUCUACAUUCAGUGUCUGGUUUUUAUUUUUAAGCCAUUCUUUCACUGAAAGAGUGGGCAGGAGGUAAAAAAUAAAUAAAUGGCUUGCUCUUCUUUGUAAGCCUCAAUCUCUUUAUUGCUCCUCAGUACUGUGGAAUUAGCAACCAGUCUCUCUCCUUGACUUGAAGAGAUCAGUGCUCUCAGGUUGUGUUUUGUUCUGUGUUCUUUUUUUACUUCCAUCGGGUUUUUGUUUUGUUUUUAAAGCGAAACUUCAGCGGAUGACAUUUUGGGGUUCGGUGCAGGGGAGAGUGGGAUUAACCAAUCGGUUAUAAGAUCCUUUGACUUCCUUUUCCAGCUACUACAAACACGGGCUUUUAAGAUGCCAUCGGAGCUCUUCUUUCUCUGCCUCUGAAACCAAAUAAAAUCCUUGUAAUUGUGUAUAUUACUGAUUCUUUUUUUUAAAAAAAAAUCUUAUUUAUCACUUGUGUGUUUCUAGUCCGUAUUUAUUUGGAAGGGCUCGGAUUUAUUUGCCUUCUGAGAUUAUUGGGAAGGGCUAACGAUAAAGGCUGGGGAAUGCAUGCCCCUCCAACACUUCCAUGGGGUUUUUGUUCUGCUAUCAGUAACUGAGAGAAAGGCUGAAAAAAACAAAAACGAGCACCCUAUCUAUCUAUCUCUCUCCCUCCCCGCUGGGGCUCAAAUGUAAAUUCUUAGUUCUUAAUUGUGUUUCUCGGAAAAGAGGAAAAUAAGUUUGCGGCUGAGCGGCUUGUUUCCUUUCUCGGUCUCGUUUCCAAAGGCUUUUGGAAAGUUUGCUGCUCAGGUUGGCAGGCCUCUGGAGCUUCUACUGUCCCCUCUUGUCGGAAGCACACAGUAGCACAUCAUUGUUGAUCGAUGAAGUGAGAAUGUACAGGUGAUUUUUUUUUCCAAAAUAAAAGCUAAAACCUCAACAUUGAA